CGCUCAAUAGUCGGGGCAGCCGCACAAACGCUUCGUAGACUUCAGUGCGAACGGACAUAGCGUAGCACAGACACGGAAUACGGAAUAAUAAUACGGAAUAAUGAUUCUGAUUACUUUGGCCCUGGGGCUGGCCACGGUCGGCCUACUCUAUUUGCUGAUGUCCUGGAACUUUAACUACUGGCGGAAGCGUAGAGUGCCGGGACCCAAGCCGAGGAUACCCACUGGCAAUUAUCCGAACAUGUACAAUCUGAAGCGGAAUGCGAUCUAUGAUCUCAAUGACAUCUAUGUCAAGUACAAGAACAAAUACGAUGCUGUGGGCAUAUUCGGGGGACGUGUGCCACAGCUGCUGGUGGUUAAUCCAGAACUGGCACGUCGUGUGUUUGUCGCGGACUUUAAGAGCUUCCACGACAACGAUAUAGCCAAAAUGAUCGACGAGAAGACCGACUUUAUCUUCGCCAAUAAUCCAUUCUCGCUGACGGGCGAGAAAUGGAAGCAGCGUCGCGCUGAUGUAACCCCCGGGCUGACCAUGAGUCGCAUCAAAACGGUCUAUCCGGUGACGAACAAGGUGUGCCAGAAGCUGAGUGAGUGGGUCUACAAGCAGAUACGUCUGGGUGCAACCGAGGGCAUCAAUGCCAAGGACAUGAGUCUCUGCUUCACCUCUGAGAUGGUCACCGACUGUGUGCUGGGUCUCAGUGCCGAGAGCUUCUCGGACAAUCCCACACCCAUUAUGGGCCACAUCAAGGAUCUGUUCAAUCAGCCGUGGACCUUCCUCUUGUAUUUUUUGGCCGUCAGCACUUUCCCCUCGCUGAGCCGCCUGAUCAAGCUGCGCUUUGUGCCGCCCAAGGUGGAGCAUUUCUUUGUGGGACUCAUGGAGAACGCUGUGCAGACACGGCGCGCCCAGUUGGCCAGUGGUACUCAAUUUGAGCGCACGGACUUCCUCGACUAUAUACUGCAGCUGGCCGAGAAGCGGAACCUGGACACACGCCAGCUGUUGGCACACACCAUGACCUUCCUGCUGGAUGGGUUCGAGACAACGGCCUCGGUGCUCGCCCACAUGCUGUUGCUGCUGGGACGCAAUCCUCAGGAGCAGCAGCGCUUGCGAGAGGAGAUCCAGGCUCAUGUCAAGGACGGCAUUGUCAGCUUUGAGAAGCUAAAUGAUUUGCCCUUCCUCGAUGCUUGUGUGCAAGAAACGAUUCGCAUUUUCCCGCCCGCUUUCAUGUCCGUCAAAAUUUGCACCGAGGCCAUUGAGCUGCCCAACAAGGAUGGCCCCAAUUUCACCGUGGAUGUGGGCACCAGCGUUGUGAUACCCCACUACUGCUUUAUGUUGGACGAGGACUACUUCCACCAGCCGCAGUCCUUCCAGCCGGACCGUUUUAUGGAGCCGGAUGCGGCCAAAAAGUUUCGCGAAAAUGGCACCUUCAUGGGAUUCGGUGAGGGUCCACGUAUCUGCAUUGGCAUGCGCUUUGCCACGGCUCAGAUCAAGGCGGCUGCUGUUGAGCUAAUCAGUAAAUUCAAGAUCAAGGUGAACCCCAAGACCCGCAACGACAACCUCUAUGAUCCCGUGAGCUUUAUCACCUCAUUGCAAGGUGGCAUCUGGUUAGAUCUCGAGGCGCUUUGAAUGCCACAAGCUCCACCCACCCACACGCCUCACGCCUCACGCCGCACGCCCCACGGCAUAACCCCACCACUGAUGGGCAACCGCUUUUCGAUAUGUUUUUAUUAACGUUUUUUGUUUGUUUGUGCUUGUGUGUGUAUUUGUUUUGUUUGAUUAAAUAUAAUGAAUGUCAAUUAAGGAAA